UUUUUUUUUCCUCGCUUCCUCACCCAUCAAAAACCAGAGCGUUCUUUGUUUCCUUUCACCACUAAACUUUGAGACAUGUCUCGUUCCACUCUUUCCGUGCUUUUAGCCAUCGCUGCAACUUCGAAAUUCGCCCUUGCUCAACCUGACCCAGCUGACCCAACACCACUUGUCGACAAGACUUAUGCCUACCCGUCAGGAAUUCCCUAUCAAGUCGACUAUGUCACCAAUGCUAUCCGUGGUCCUCAGGUCGGUUACAACAUCUGUAACUCCACCACAGAGAACCAGAAUUCCUAUUGCCAAACCUCAAUGGUCAAUCACAUUGAUGAUUUUUGCUUGUGGGCACCCCCCAUUCCCAACUCUACUAUCGGUGAUACUGAGGCGGAGGAGGUUGCAUGGUGCACAAAGCCUGGCCACGGCACUCGUCUCAUUCCCAAUGGUGCCCUCCAGGGUGUGCAGUAUCUCAUCACAUCCGACUACAUUCAAAUCGCUGGUUUCAUCGACCAGACUCAGAUUAACAUGAAUGCUCAAGACUACGGAGGAGAACUCGACCCCCACGGUGCUGACCUUCGUGGGAAUCCUCUUGGAGGUUUGAUGUACUCUAACGCGUUCCCAAGCAACGGUGGCAACAACGACUCCUACCAGCAGGUUAUCGACUGGACAAACUUCAUGGGUGGUGAUGCCUUCUGUAUCACAAUAUGCGAUCCUGCUUCUAGCGCUGCAAACCAGUCCGCUUACUGCCAAAACAUCUAUGACCGCAUGGGCUGCAGUUACAACAUGCCCAACAAUGCUCAGAACGGUACCUUCGAGGUUUGCGACUCUGACCUCAAGAUCCCUGCUGGUCUUUACGUCGGUACCGGCGGCGUCACCAUGACCUACUCUCAGCCAGCUUCUGGUGUCGUCGACCCACCCUACACAGCUUUCACUCCCGCCUCAUCUAACUGCGUGACUUACGCCAGUGCUGCCCUCUACACGGGCCUCGCCACUGUCACCCCUACCGGCGUCUCCGCUUCAUCUAGCGGCGCUACAGGUACCGCUAAAGCCUCUUCGACUGGCACGAACACAGCUGGCGGUGCUGCUGCAACCCAGAGCAGCGGUGCAGGUGCUCUCGCCGUUUCCACCCUUGCCGGUGUCACCGGUACCCUUUUCGCAAUGAUCUUCCUCUCAUGAAUCCAGUGUGCCAUUGACUAUCAUUUAGCCUUGCAUAUACUAAUAUACCUACCUCUGUACACUGACAUUCAUGAUAGCGAUAGGUUUUUAUUUUGCAUUUACUGAGACGAUUGUUGUGAUAUGCAACGAUGGACCUGUUCAUUUUUUACUUCGAUCUUUGGAAUUCAUUGUUGCUUGAUAUCAACUGGAAUAUAGCAACUUGGUUACUCA